GUGGCCUGAGGAAAGCUCCUAAAAUGAAAUAGCGAAAUCUGAGAAAAAAAAAACAAAUACAGAAAGUCAGAGAAACACCAGCGAAAUGGGUGUCGAUGCGAACGAUCAGCGAAAUAUCCUUUCUCAAUCCACCUCCAUGCGCACGUUAGCAGCUCUCCUUUCUUGCCUCUUCAAUUCUCUUGUCAAAAGCAGCAUUCAAAUUCAAUAAUACAAGAAACCAACUCUCCCGAAACUACCGAAAUGCCAUCCUCUAUCCUCUCUGCAAACCCCCGGCUCCUCACUCCAACUAUCUACACAAAACUCGAUGGAUUGGAUCGAUACAGACGAAAUACCAAAAACCCACUUCAGAUUUCCAAGGAAUGCCUUAGAUUUUCGAUUUCCAGUCGAAAUCCCGCGGUGAAUUGCCGAAGCUUGCCGUCUCUUUCAAUUCGAUGCUAUUCGACGGAGAGCGGGAAGUCCAUUGACGUUGAGUCGCUGGUGGAUAGAAGGUUGGGAGAUGAGGUGGCGAGUGAGGGUGAAGAAGGCAGUGGAAGUAGAUUGAAUGUCGAGGUGGGGACGCCGAAUCUUCCGGUGCUUUUGCACUCGUCGAAGAUGAGCUUGGGCGAUCAGGCGUUCUUUCUCCUGGCAUUCAUCGCUUGCACGACCUCUAUAGCAUUUACUAGCCUGGUGAUUGCAGCUGUCCCAACUCUUAUUGCAAUGGGGAGAGCUGCAACAUCUCUCUCAAAGCUGGCAGAUACUGCCCGUGAGGAGCUUCCCAGUACAAUGGCUGCAAUCAGGCUUUCAGGCAUGGAAAUCAGUGAUCUUACUCUUGAACUGAGUGAUCUGAGUCAAGAGAUAGCUGAUGGAGUUAGCAAAUCGGCACAAGCUGUACAAGCUGCAGAAGCUGGAAUCCGGCAGAUUGGUGCUAUAGCUCGGCGUCAGACCAUCUGUGGGCCCCAUCAUGUAGAUUACCCGGCCCAAAUGGCAGACUGGGUAGCACACAGCUCAAAGUCAUUCUCAUGUACAAGUGUACAACAUGUAGAUAGGUCUGUCAACAGGCCAGGCCAAUGUCUGUCAAACCCGGCCUGCAAAGUAAAACCCGGGCCUGUGACCAGCCAAAACAAACAGGACCGAGCCCCACCCUUAAUAAUGCAUGGAUUGAUCCCAGCCACCCACUUUUGUGCAACAUUUGGGCUCUUCAUUAAGUGUGCCCCGUCGUCCAUGAUAUAUGACAAAAAUGCCCUUGAAAUCCUAAACUGUAACACCGGGGCUUCCGUGCUCUUAAAUGAAUCCCUAACCCGGGCCGGUUAUUAAGAAGAUUUAAAUUUUAGGCCUGGGCCGGUUAUUAAAUGGACAUAAAUUUUAGGCCCUUUGCCUGACCUGAAAACCCAACAGGUCAGCCCUGCCUAGUGACAGCCCUUCACGUAAACGUGUGGGUGACGUAGCAUAUCUUUUCUU